GAGCGUCAAGGUUUCUUGGACUAAGUGGGCUUUAUGGACUGGGCCGUUUUGCAUUUAUCAUUAUGAACCACUAGUGUUCCCUGUAUUCCUGCUCUUAUUACUGUUGCUCUUCAUAAAGUGCUUCUACAAUGACUAACUUUGAAGUUAUGCGAACUUCCUGUAGCAUUUUACUAAUAGUGACGUUGUGCACAUCAGCAUAUGCUCUUGAUUGCACUAUCUUUAAACAAGAAUGGAUGAAAUUACGGUAUACUAUGCUAACAGGAGUUCAUAGCUCAACUAUUAUUGGUCCCACAUCAAACAUUUGUCCUGUAACCGGUACUUCCUGUUGUGAUGUAAGUAUGGAACAUGAAAUGUACUCGGUGGGCCAGCGUCAACUUAUAAAGCAAAGCAACUCAUGGUUGCAAGUUGCCUGGAAAAUGAGCAAUGAUAGUGCCGUGCUUGAAUGUAAGUCUUAUGCCAUUCUGGUCAAUGAAGUAUUGGGACGCUGAAUAGCUAGUAAUAAUGGUUAACUAAAGUUAGUUUCCUACUCUAAAAUAUACAUAUCCUAUCGAAGCUUCUGGCAACAAUGAAGAAACGGAUGUAUGAUGAACCGUUUCCUUCAAAUGUUUUGCCUUUCGUUCUUGUCAUCUCGUCUCAGAGUAGACCAUGAUUUCGCUUUCUUCAGACAGUCUCCUUAAUGAAUAACUCUUAACCUUUUCCAUUUCCUUUACUUUCCCACCCUACCAUUACUACUGAUCAUUUCGCUAGCUUUCCGCUUAUCCACAAUUGAUAUUCCUUCGCUACUCAUCGUAUUCACACCCUUCUAAUAUGAUUUUAAUGGUUCCUGAAAUCUACUGGUCUUUCACAACCUUUCGGUUCUGAUUGCUUACAUAGGUUAAUGCUAUUUUUACACCAGACUUUCUCAGGAUGAAUAUCACCCUUGUAGUAGACUAAAUACCUUGUCAGUUUUUCCUUAAAAACAGCUCUUUACAUUUUUUUAGUCAGGCUCAAGAAUUUCUUUUUGCUGCAGUUUUUAUCCUUGCAGUAAGGCUAGGACAAAUGUAUGCUCACAACAGAGAGUGGUCGGAGUCCAGAUAUACACUACAGGAGUAACAGUCUUUUAUGCAGCCUCUCUAAAUAGGACCGACAGUGAUAUAGUUUAUCUGUCUUUUUCUGCAAGUAUAUUGCAUUCUCCAGGUCAGAAAACGUUUCUUUUCACGUUUAAAGUCUCUUUGUCAAAAACAAACAAGCGUCUGGACAUAAAUGCAGUAAACGACCACUGUUAUCUUUACUCUGUGGUAAAAUACCACAAGUUCCUGUCUAACAUUUUGUAAGCUCGAGUCGUUAGCAAUGAUUGCACAUAAAAUCAAGACGAACUCAGCAGAACGGUAGAUAAUAAAACCAAAAUUAUCAAGAAACGGGAAAGAGGUUUAAUUAUCGAUAUGAUUAGCUCGGGUUCUGUUAAAUGUGUACGGGUAGUUGACACGUCCUCAUUCCCCGUUUCGUAAAGUAGUAGUUCUUGCAGGGUUCGAAAAAAAAUUGACUAGCUGUGACGGUCAAGGUGCAUCACUUUUGAGGCCGUUCACACAUAUCAUCUCUGUGAGUUUUUUCUAUCGUGGCUACAUACUUUUCAUACCCUACCACCAGCAAUUCAUAAGGAAAGGUUGUAUUACUUUUGUAACCAACCUCUGACACCUAAUUCUGUAUGUGGGAAAGUAGAGUGAAAAUAUGGGCUGUCUGUAGGAAACGUCCUUCUUUAACCACACUAAUACAGAUGACAGUGCACUCCCGCUGUUAAACUUAAAAUGUUUGACUUUUGGCAUUACAACAGGUACUCUCAACAUGGUAGAACUACAGAACAAAUAGUCCAAAGAAUAUAACUUUAUUGACUCAUCAUGGUUUACAAACCUGACCACUAUCAAGGCAACAAUUGUAGUCAUGAUGGAUUCAGAUUCUAUCAAACGUAAAGAUUUCGUACAUUUUAUUCUCAUAUAACUGUUCGUGGUUCUGAGAAAAUGGCCUGCAAUAGUUCUAAAUGUUUUGCCUCCUUGGUUUAUUAUCGUUUAUUUCUACACAGUACAGUUAAUCAGUCCUCAUUUAUUUAUUUUUCUACUUAGCAAUUUUUCAAGCUGAUUUACAACAAGCUAAAAGACGUUUACACCAGUUUUUCAGUCGGAUUUAUGGAUACAAUUAUAAAUUGCAUAGAAAUUUCUUCUUCGGGUUUUUCACCGAUUUAGAACAAUAUAUGGCAGGUCAGCGGGGUCAACUUGGUGUGUUAAUAAAAAAUUUCUUCAGCCAACUUCGUGACAACAUAGUUAGUUUGAUUGAAAAAUCUGGACAGGUUAUUUCCAAUCCUCCUUUCGGCUCGUUUUCUCCUAAUACUGGCUCGUUUGGUAACAAUCUUCAUGGGGUUAGUGGUACUGAUGAAGCUAGUGAAUCUAGGCGAAUUCGUUGUUUAUCUGAAAAGAUUGCGCAGUUACAUCCGUUUGAUGAUGUAGAUGUCCGACUUCAUGCUCGAAUGAUGGAAGCUUAUCCACCUGCUCGUAUGUUGGUCAAUGUUUUAUCCGUUACCAGCAAAUUAUUACAUCAUCUGGUCGAUCAGGUUGUUGCUCAGUCUCAAUGUAUUUUGGGCAUUACACGUUAUAAAUUUUGUGCUAUAUGCGAGGCUCAGUCACUUGAUAAUGUCUGCCCUGAAAGUUGUUCACAAUUACUAGCCAGAUGUUUACAUGGUGAUGGUCCAGAUGAAGCACAAUUGGCGUAUAUUUGGCCUCAAUUAAUUGAUACAAUCAUCAUGGCAACUAAUCGGUUGGAAAGAUCAUUCAACUUUCCUGCAGUAAAUCGCAAUCUUCAGAUGGAAAUAUCUGAAGCAAUAACUAGUUUACAAACACGUUAUAGUGAAACAAAAUCUAAGUUUGAAUCCGAAUGUCAAUUUGGCUCUGCCGGUCAACGAAUGCCAACAUUGUUCAAUCCUAUUAGACCUUCUCAUAGCAGUCAAAAAAAUCGUGCGAAUCACUCAGACAUCUCUAGAUGGUCAAUGAUAUCUAAUAUGAAUAGACGUUUAAAUCGAAUAGCUCGUUCAUCGUCUUAUCCACACUCAUCACCUGUUUCUCAAGAAUUUCUUGACUGGCAAACACGACAACAACUAUCCCAAGUCAUUCCUAGUAACAAUCGUCCAAAAAAAAUAGAUUAUAGUCAACAAAGGACUAGCAAAACAUCUGAUGACUGGGAUGCCUCAGACAAAGAGAAUCCUAUGAAUGCUCCACAUGAUCUCGUUCGCCAAGUCAAUGAAAUCAAACAAGCUUAUUCAUCCCUACGCGAUCUAUUCACUGGUCCAGCUGGUAACUUAUGUCCUACUAAUUCAACCGCUAUGAGUAAUGGAAAUUCGUCUCAUGUUAAUCAAAGUACUCAUUGUUGGAAUCCACCUCGUCUACCCGAUACUCCACCUGAUGCUGGAAUUACACAAAUUUUAACCCAACUUUAUGAAGCUUCCAAAAGAUUGCACGAAGCCUCAACCAAUACGAAAGAUCCAGAUACAUUAGUUGUCAAACUGCCUCCUAGAUCGAAUUCUGCUUCUGGUACUUACUCAAGAAAUGAUCAAAACAGUUAUUUGUCGGCCAGUUUAACUGAUCCUCUCUCAGCAAACCAAUUUCUCGCACAGGACCAAUGGCAAGGUCCUAAGCAAUCUAGAAUGGAUAAUUCAUAUGAAACGGAAAGAAAUAUUAGGAUCGAAAGUGGAAGUGGAAAUCAACCGAAUACUUUACAAUUUCCGGAUGAUUCCCUUUCUCAAUCUUACGAGCAGUCAUCUAGUCAAUUCAAUAAUAUGUUUCCUGACGACCCUCAAAAUAAAAACGAUCCUCGUAUGUACAGUUCAGUUAUAAAUGCUGAUACUAAAAGAACGGUAGUUAGUCAAGGUACAGAUUCAAAUAUGUACUUUAACCAAAAAUCUACACAACAAUGGCCACAGAAGUCUAGUGUGUACAAUAGUUGGGGUAAUGUCGAACAUCAAAGAGAUAAAUGGAAAUUUAACGGUUCUACAGACUUCAACAUACCAAUUUUUCAAGAACCCACAACAGAAUCAGUACCUUUAACAACGGGAAUGACAACAACAACUACGACGACAACGUUUUCUUCAACUACUGUUACAGCUUCCACUGCGUUACUGUAUAAUUCCACGGAAUUAAUUACAAUACCAAGUGCAUUAGAAAAACCAAGUGAUUCAUCAUCACUGGAAGUGAAAGAUAUUGUUACAGAAAGUGUUACGAGACAAACACCUCUAACUGUCCGGACAGAUUCAGCAUUAGAUAGACAUCCACAAACUACAACACAACUUUACAUAGAUCCAAAAUUGAAAUCAGGCACAUACACAGAAUCGUUCUUACCGUCAACUGACCAAUCAAGUAAUAUUGGAUUUUUGCCAGACGACGAAGAUAAUGCUCAAAUGAUCUCAAAACAAAUACCUUAUCAAACACCUGAUUCUCAAAAGAUUAAUUCUUGGCAUCAAACUUCUGAGGUUUCCCGUCGACGUUUUCAUGAAGGCUCCGGUGGCAGUGGUAUAUCACCAUCAGUCCUUACACCGCAAUACCAAGGGCCCCAAACUUUAUGGACACAGUCCGGCAGAAAACUGGCAAACCCCAACGCUGCAGAUACACGUUACAAUGAAGAAUUUAUUGGUCCCCAACCGGACAAAAAUCAACCUUUCUAUCCAACCACCCAAGAGCCAGAAAAUCGAGGCGAUGAAGAAGUCUGGAACGUUUCUCCCGAUAAGCUAGCUUCAGGGUUCCUAGAAGGAGCUAGUGGGAUGAGUCCCAACAUAGAAUGGAAUGAGGACAAAAACGAUCGUCACACAGGCUCGUCACAAUGGCAAGAUACACCGGGAGGAAGUAGGAGUGGCAACCCUGGAGUUUUGCAGAAUCCAGUUCCGGAGGAUACAGCCAUAUUGCCUCCCUCAGCUCAGCCAACACAACCACCUAUACCAUCGCGGAUCGACCAUGUUCCAGAGGUUCUUCCACAACCACCUCUGCCACCCCCUGAAGUGUGGGUACCAGCAAAGUUAAGCCCGGGGCAGCCGGUGCCACCCAUAUUACUAAUACGAGAAUAUAGUGUUGAAGGUCCCCUAUACGGAAAGGAAGACACUGUCUCACAUAACUACAAUUCAGCACCCCACCAACAACUAAUCACGUCAAUAUUUUUACCUCUACUCACUAUAUUCAUACUUUAAACCGAACAAUGACUUUCUUCUCAGUUACAUUUUCUUGAAAUGUACAUAGGCACAUUUGAUAGCCUUUGCUCAAAAUGUAUUUACAUGUAUCUUGUUAGCAUUUUGAAAUGCUUGUAUUCUCUUAAUAUUCAUUUUUACUCCAUCGAUCCAAAGCUUUGCAUUUAUACAAGGUCACAUGUUUAAAAAUAUAUGAUAUCCUAUACAGACCUAAACCCGCAUUUA